AUGCUGUCGCUGAGUACGCCCUACCGCGGCACCGCUUGGCUUUCACAGUGCAUGCACGACGUCAAGCUCACAAAGCUGCAGCAAACAGUUCGGCCCUACUCAAACAGCACGCCAGCCGCCGACGCACAGCCAGUUCGCACCAUUGUUGCCACCUCCCGCAUCCACCGUGGUGAGCACCUCGGCACUGUUAAGCACGACUGCGUCAUGACUGGGGAACGCGCCUCACAGCUGCUGCGGCGAGUGUGUCGUGGAGAACGGUCGCACCCGGGUGCGACCGCGGCGACGAACCUCCAGUCGCUUGCCGUGCAGUGCUUUGACGAUGUCGUCAGUCGCCUCUCCACCCUCCCCUCGGGAACCUCGGCACCGCCUCACAUGCUGCUCUCUCGUGACGCACUACUCAUUACCGUGGCCUUGUAUCUUUCACGCAGCCCGCUGAACGCUGGCGUCCUUCCUGUCGAAAAUCCGCUUCGUACGUGGAUGGAUGCACUGCCGCGCCGACCCCCACCAAUGGGCGUACUGCUGCGCCGUAGCUUCCUCAGCCGCGAUGAUGUCGAGCCGCUCCCUCGUCGACUGCGACUUGGGCGGCACACAAAAGCAGUCGCGCCUGGUGAAGAUGUGGCGGCGGCCUCGACAGAGCUCAUGGUACAGGCGGUGGAGCGGGGUGAAUUGGAACUCGCUGACCUGCGCCGACCAGAGGUGGAGACGGCCCUCACGCCUACAGUGCUCACCAACUAUUUUAAGGGACGCAUGUCAGCCCUGACGCAGCGGCAGCACGAGUCGCAGCGUGCGCGCGGCGGUGUGGCAGAAGCUGAGGAGGGCGCUCUCCACCUUUUCAUGACGUGGGAGCGGCAGCUGCAGACACACUUUGUGAACGCCUUACUCCCAGUACUGCUGCUUCCAUCCUCCGUGUUGGCCGCGCCCAACUUGGUGACCCUGCAAGACUCUGCUGCGUGGCUGGAUGAAGAGAGCGCCCUACGUUGGGCGCACUUUAUGACUCGCUCCCGUGUGGUCAACCUGAACUGGCGCCAUCCUGGUCCUCCGCAGCUCUCAAUCAUACCGUUCGUGGACAUGCUGAACCACACAUGUCGUGCGAAUGCUAACGUUGUCUACCAACGUGAGGAUGAUGGCAGCGUCUCGGUCACGGCCUCGCGCACUAUUGAGGCGGGAGAGGAGCUCGUACUGCGGUACAAUCAUAUAGGUCAGCGCGGGUGCUUGUUUGGUGAUCAGCCCCGGCCAUCGGAGUCUACCGCUGAGGACAAGAGCGCUCAGUUUUCUGGCAAGGCGGCUGCCGUGGCUGACGAAGUGCAUCGCAUUGAGAAGCGCCAGUAUCGGGAGCUGUAUGCCUGCGACGAGGAUGAAGAGGCCGCGCUGGAGACGGGCCACACUCCCUCCACGAACACCACACCUAGCGCCCGCGGAGGUGGGCGCAACACCGCGUCACCAACAGCUGUCGGACACUGGGAGAUGGAGCAGGAGGUGCAGUGGCUUUGGCGCUUUGGUUUUUUGCGCAGCAACGAAGAGAAGAAUCGCGAGGCGGCACUGCUAUGGAGUCGCGGUCUCCGCAACCGAAUCGCACAUCUGACAGACGUCCGGCGCAAAGGGCGCCCUGGUGAGUUCGUGGUGGGGGUGCCGGAAGGACUCCAGCAGCUGCGCGAACAGCGCGCGCAGCUAGAGCGAGAUCGCUACAACAAUAAUAGGGUCUUCCCUCCGCAGCAGCUGUGA